GGUAUAUUACAAUAUACUUUUUGUUCAAUGAAUAAUUUGGCAUAUUACACGUCUGCAUAAUAAUAAUGUCGUGCAACUCUGAACCGUAUCCAUUUCCCAAUGGAUUGAAUUUAUUCGGACAAUUAGUGAUUGGACCACCUGGUAGUGGGAAAACCACAUACUGUUCUGCAAUGUAUGAUUUUCUUACUAGAUUAGGUCGAAAAGUUGCUGUCAUCAAUUUAGAUCCAGCUAAUGAUAGUUUACCUUAUCCAUGUUCAAUUAAUCUCUCUGAUUUAAUUCGUUUGGAUGAAGUUAUGGAUUAUCUUGGCUUAGGCCCAAAUGGGGGAUUAAUUUAUUGUAUGGAAUACCUGUACACUAAUCGUCGUUGGUUAGCUGAUCAAUUGGCAGUAUUAAAACAAAAAGAGUCUAAAAUCUAUUUGAUAUUUGAUUUGCCUGGUCAGGUUGAACUGUACACACAUCAUCCAUGCAUGCGUCAACUGAUUUGUUAUCUUACUGAUAAACCAUUCAUCUCAACAACAACAUCCAAUAUACAACGACUUUGUCUUCCGUCGACAGUAGAUUCAUCAGUAUCUAGUGUAGGUGAUUCACCGCAUUGUCUUGAUUUACGCUUGACUUCAGUUCACUUAGUUGAUUCACAUUAUUGUUCUGAUGCUGGAAAAUUUAUCUCCUGUGUACUUACGUCUUUAUCAUCUAUGCUACAAUUAUCUAUGCCACAUGUGAAUAUAUUAAGUAAAGCUGAUUUAAUUGAACAAUAUGGUGAAUUAGAUUUUAAUUUAGACUUUUUUACUGAAGUAUUAGAUUUAAAAUAUUUAAUUGAUCGUUUACAUAAAACAAAUACGCAUGAUAAUGAUGAUGAUGGCGGUGAUGAUAAUGAGGAUUUCUUCAACACUAAAUAUAAACGUUUAAAUCAAGCUAUUAUCGAGUUAAUACAAGAUCGUUCAUUAGUACAAUUUUUGCUAUUAGAUAUACAAGAUUUAUCGCAUAUGGAACGUGUUAUGCGUUAUGUGGAUCGAGCCAAUGGUUAUGUAUUUGGGCCAAGUGAACAGCACAAUUUACAAAGUUUAUUACAUUCAGCAUCAGGUGUUGAACUGGCUCCCGAUUGGAUUGGAAUGAUUCAAGAGAAAUACAUGACAAGAAGUGAUAAUAAUAAUAAUAAUAAUAACCCUGUUAAUGAGGUGGAGGAUCUACGAAACAGUGAACCUCAAAUUGACUUAUUUGCUUAACACUGUAUUAAAAUUGUAAAUAAUAUCUCCUGUUAAGUUGAUAUUAAAACAAUAGUUUUUGACAUCAUGUAUACAACUUUGUUGUAUUAAACUGAAAGUUUGAAAACCAAAAUGAUGAAAUCUUAAUAGAUGCAAAUGCCUUUUAUAUCAUUUAUGAAAUAUAUCGUAUUUCUUUUUUUUUAAAUCCUUGAUUGAAGCUUCUAUUCACUCCAGUAGAAUCUA